AAGUGGCGGGUAUGUCAGCCGAGGAGGCAGCUGUAUUCAUACGCCCGCCGCCAAAGAGGUACAAGUCCCACGCGAAGACUAAGGCCAAGGUGCGGAUAACGUCGCUCGUUCGUCAGGCGGCGGUGGUCAACAAGGAUCUCAGGGCUCCAUUGCACGGCUUGCAUCUCAUACUGGCUUUGCCCGAAGCCUGUUCGGCAGUGCCCUUAAGGCUCUCGGAUGAAUGGCAAGGCGCGCUUUAUUGUGCGUUGAUAGGGAGUCAGCCCACGUCCUCCGGCUGCCUUAGUCCUUUGGCCUCAACCGCCUCGGUGACAGCGGGGAGUGAUGAGGAGUCUCCCUGGCCUAUGGCAAAACUCGAGCACACUCUAUUCGACGAAUGGAUCAAUUCAACUGAGGCGCAGGAUAUUCCAUGUGAGGUUGCUCAGGCGGCGGUGGUCAACAAGGAUCUCAGGGCUCCAUUGCACGGCUUGCAUCUCAUACUGGCUUUGCCCGAAGCCUGUUCGGCAGUGCCCUUAAGGCUCUCGGAUGAAUCGCAAGGCGCGCUUUAUUGUGCGUUGAUAGGGAGUCAGCCCACGUCCUCCGGCUGCGAAUCAGCUUUGGCCUCAACCGCCUCGGUGACAGCGGGGAGUGAUGAGGAGUCUCCCUGGCCUAUGGCAAAACUCGAGCACACUCUAUUCGACGAAUGGAUCAAUUCAACUGAGGCGCAGGAUAUUCCAUGUGAGGUUGCUCAGGUGCUGCACGAGUAUCGGGCGGUUUUUCCCGAUACCUUACCUAAAGGUUUACCUUCGAAGCGCCCUCAUGAUCAUCAUAUUCUUCUGGCGCCUGGGAAACUUCCAGCGAGAUCUGCAAUCUACCGUAUGACCCCAGAUCAGCUCACUUUCCACAAACAGGAGAUAGCCAAAUUAUCGGACAAUGUUUGGAUCGGACCGACCUAUUCGCCUAUUUGCUCUCCUACGAUCAUGGUGGACAAACGCGAUGAUGGCUCCGGGGAGCGGAAGAUGCGUUUGGUUGUCAAUUACCAAGCUUUAAAUGCCCUUACGAUAGCCCCUGAUUUUCCACUACCUCCCAUUCAAACCAUUGUGGAGCUGCUCGGAGGCGCCAAGUAUUUUUCCACCUUGGAUUUUGAAGCAGGAUUCCAUCAAAUACGUAUAGCUAAGGAAGACCGGUGGAAGACGGCUUUCCGGUCCGUUCUCGGACUAUUCGAGUACCGAGUGAUGCCCUGUGGCCUUAAGGAAGAUAAAAUCGAAGCCAUACGGCACUGGCCAGAGGUGCUGGAGAACGAAACGCAAGUGCGCCAGUUCCUCGCUACAAUAAAUUACUGUCGCAUGUUCAUGGGACCGGACUGUGCAGACGUUGCUCGGCCGCUGGUUGAUGUUACGCGUAAAGACGUCAGUUUCAAAUGGACAGAGCUUCACACGCAAACGGUGCGGCAGCUCAAACAGCGCUUAAUCGACUUCACUACCUUACAGGUCCCUGACACGACGAAGCCCUUCGAGUUAUACACAGAUGCCUCUGGUUACGCAGUCGGAGGAGUUCUUGAACAAGACGGUAAACCCAUCGGUUUCCUCAGUCAAGUCAUGAAGCCCACGCAACAGAGAUACUCGAUCUACGAUCAGGAACUCUUGGCGCUGGUCACGGCGCUGCACAAGUGGUCGCACUUGCUCCGUGUCUCCAAGGUGACGGCUUUCACUGAUCAUCAAGCUCUCACCCAUCUCCAACUACUCCAAGCAUCGAAGCCUCUGCGCGGACGCACCGCCCGGUGGCUAGACGUCCUUGCAGAGUUCCCGGGUUUGCACAUCACGAACCCAACCCAGAGCCGGAACCUCCUACACUUACAACGAAGGCACCCGCUGGUCCCCCUGACGGGCGCCAUUGGCCGCAAGCGUACUCGAAGUGUCCUGCUUUUCGAGUUCCCUACGAAGCCGCAGCAAGCCAACCAGGAGAAGCUCUGCAGAUCGAGUUCUGUCAUCGCCAAUCUACCUUUCGCUACGUAG